AUGGCUAAGGAUGCGCUGAAGUCCCCGAAAAUGCAAGAAACGAUGAAGAAGCUCUCGCGCGGCGGGGAUCCCAAAAAAAAGAAGCUUUUCGUGUCCGUGAAGAGAACGUUGAAUAACCGAGGAAACGAAAAUUCGAAGAUCGAAUAUGAUCGAUCAACCGUUAGUAAGCAUCGCGAGAAGAAUAAACCUUCAGUUUCAAAGUCCACCGACAAAAUUACCGGCCUUAAGGUAGACGACGAAGAUUAUGUUGACUUUUCCACGAUUUCAUCGGUUACACGUAAACACGUGGGGUCCGUGAAGUCUAGAAGUGCUAUGAUCGAGAGUCUGAUGAAGACUACGACGAAAGAUCCAUUGGAGAACAACACUGAUGAUCAAGGAAGCGAAUAUUCAGAUUACUACAGCGAGGACGACGUGCUCCAAGAUAUUGUGGCGAACAAGAUCCCAAUAAACGUAGCGGAAUUGACAAAUCCGAAUGACAGAUUUGUUCGACAGGCUCGAAAUUCUACAGUCUAUCGCUCUGACGAUCGGAUCGACAUUGGCCAGCCUUAUUAUCACGAUUACGACACGCGAAGCAAUGAUUUCAGACACACCGACUACUCCGCCGAUUCUCUCAAUGAUUUUCAGCGAUAUCCAUCAAUCAGACGUCGCGCAGGAUUGAAACGGGCACCCCGACUCCUUGGAUCGGAUGAUACUUUGCUUUAUCAAGAACCUAGUUACAGACUGCCUGACGACCGAAUCGAAAGCUCGGUGUACGUUGUUAGCACAGAGGAAUCUCCGCAACUAAUUGAACAAGAUUAUAUCGCCCCCGAGCCUCGGGACAAUUUCGGCGUAUUCGACGCGACUCCGAUAAGCCAAGACAUCCAACAACCCGUGGUUUCACAGAAUCUCGAUCCAUUUCAUUACUCCAGUCAGUACGACAAAUCUCUGGACACGGUCGAACCUCAAACUAUUCUUCAAAGCGAGAAUUCUGUUGUGGAGGUUCCUAGAGCGUCCCAUAAACUCACCGCACUCGACUUGCAAAAUUUAUACAAUUAUCGGCACUUUGGGAACGGUCUGCAACAUUUUAGCAAUAUCGAUCAGAGCGUUUACGGCCAGCCUCAGCUGAUCUCGAAUAUGGGUGAUCUGAAUUACCAGAAUCAGGGUUCGCAAAGUAUUCCCGUGAUGGAGAGCAGUAAUCUACCCGCUGUGAAUAUUCCAAACGCCAUGGACCAACCGCUGGGAAAGGUCCUGGAGUCCUUAGGGAUCAGCGUGCACAUAGACUCGCCUAAUUCAAACGGAGAAGAUAACGUUAGCCCUCCUUACCUGAACAAUGUUGCGGACAAUGCGAACGAUCCAUCGUUGUCCUAUUACGAACCGCACGAUCGGCCAACGGAUCACGCCCUAGCGAGUUCUAGUUGCGAUAAAGUGAAUACUGUGGAAGAUACUAGGCAAGCGUCGAACGGUAAAGACGAUAACAUUAAAUUACGAGGGGACCACCGUCGAAGACAGUUGUUCAGGACGGGAUUACAAAAUGGUAACUUGUUCUCGUUGCUAGAAGGCGAGAAGAAUGGGAACAUGUCCGACUCGAUGCAGAACACCAAAGUGAUCGCCAGUCAGUUACUGGACACGAUAAUGGAGGAGCUGGCGGAAUUGAAGCUGGACAGCUCGAAGAGCAGCAAGAAGGAAGGCUUACCUUGCCGUUUGUCAGGGUCCUGGUCAACGGCUCAGGCGGGCGUGAAGCUGGAUAUGAAGGUCGUGAAUCACAGUAUAAUCGUGACGCUCUCGGCGCUCGCGACCCCGCGCUACCACGAGACCUUGCUCAAUGGGACUUGGAACGUUUCCGGUCACGCCCCGUUCAACCGUGGCUCACCCUUCACUCUGAUCGCGACCGAUAACACCACCAACUCAAUGGCUGUCUUCGUCGGUGCAUGCAGAGUGUGCCAAGGUAUCGACACGAUAGCGGGUGUCUGGUCGGUCGCUCGGUCCCCGAAAGACUGCAGGGAUUUUCAAGUAGCUACUAGCGUCUUCAACGACAUAUUCCGGAAGACGGAGCUGUCCAGCUUGAAGGAGACGCAGAAUACAACUAUAUCGAAAAACGGGACGGCAGAGCACAAGAAGAAACGAAGCUAGGUACCCUCAUCAGCGGAAUCCGUAUGACGCGGAGGAAUAUUUUGAAAAUGUACACUGUAUCACUCGGCUGUAGCUUGAAAGGUGGAAGUACCGAUAGACAAAUACAGACUACGAGGCAAAUACAACUAACGUACCAGUUUAUACUAAUGCGCACACAGAUACACUAUAGACUAUUUUGUACUAUGAUGUAGGUAAUUGCUAAUAAACUUCAACUUCUCUUUACGGACCCCUUUUAAUUGAGGGACUUUACAUUUGAAAGAGAAGAAACUGUUCAUUGGAUACUGCACAAAUUUUUAGUUUUUCUCACACGCACAGGUACACGGACGCUUUGAACAAUCGAUUAAUCACUGGCUUCAGGUUUUACCAAACGUUGGCGUAUAGCGUCGAAACCCAAC